CCGCGGCCGCAGCCGCCAUGGCCGGUGCCAUGUUGGGGAGGAAGUGAGAGCGGGAGGCGGCGGCGGCGGCCAGGAAGGAGCCCUUCCCUUUUCCCUCCUGCCGGGGCGGGCGCGGGUUUCUCGGCCACGGCGGCUUGCGAGACCCCCGGCGCGGGCGGUGCGGCGGCGGCAGCUGGCGGCGGGGGAGCCGAGCGCCCCGGAGGCGGCGGUGGCCUAAGAUGGCGGACCCGGCGGAGUGUAACAUCAAAGUGAUGUGUCGCUUCAGGCCCCUCAACGAGUCCGAAGUGGCCCGAGGGGACAAGUACAUCGCUAAGUUCCAGGGCGAAGACACCGUCGUCAUCGCGUCCAAGCCAUAUAUAUUUGACCGUGUAUUCCAGUCAAACACAUCACAAGAACAAGUGUACAAUGACUGUGCUAAAAAGAUUGUCAAAGAUGUACUUGAGGGAUACAAUGGUACAAUAUUUGCAUAUGGGCAAACAUCAUCUGGAAAGACACACACUAUGGAAGGGAAGCUUCAUGACCCAGAUGGAAUGGGCAUUAUUCCAAGAAUAGUGCAAGAUAUUUUUAAUUAUAUUUACUCCAUGGAUGAGAAUCUUGAGUUUCAUAUUAAGGUGUCAUAUUUUGAAAUAUACUUGGAUAAAAUAAGGGACCUUUUGGAUGUUUCAAAGACCAAUCUUUCUGUUCAUGAGGACAAAAAUAGAGUUCCCUAUGUAAAGGGUUGCACGGAGCGGUUUGUAUGUAGUCCAGAGGAAGUUAUGGAUACUAUAGAUGAAGGAAAAUCCAAUCGACAUGUAGCAGUGACAAAUAUGAAUGAACACAGCUCCCGAAGUCAUAGUAUUUUUCUUAUUAAUGUAAAACAAGAGAAUACUCAAACAGAACAGAAACUAAGUGGAAAACUUUACCUUGUGGACUUGGCAGGUAGUGAGAAGGUUAGUAAAACUGGAGCAGAAGGUGCUGUGCUGGAUGAGGCCAAGAACAUCAACAAGUCUUUGUCUGCUCUUGGAAAUGUCAUCUCAGCCCUGGCUGAAAGCAGUACAUAUGUUCCAUAUCGUGAUAGCAAAAUGACCAGAAUCCUUCAAGAUUCACUAGGGGGUAAUUGCAGAACCACUAUUGUUAUUUGCUGUUCUCCAUCUUCUUACAACGAAUCUGAAACUAAAUCUACUCUUCUGUUUGGCCAAAGAGCAAAGACCAUUAAGAACACAGUCUGUGUGAAUGUGGAGCUCACUGCAGAACAGUGGAAGAAAAAGUAUGAGAAGGAAAAAGAGAAAAACAAGACUCUGCGUAACACCAUACAGUGGCUGGAAAAUGAGCUCAACCGAUGGAGGAACGGGGAGACUGUACCAGUUGAUGAACAGUUUGACAAGGAGAAGGCCAACUUAGAAGCUUUUGCAGUGGACAAGGAUAUUACUGUUAUUAAUGAUAAACCAGCUACCACAAUUGGAGUAACUGGCAAUUUCACUGAUGCUGAGAGAAGGAAAUGUGAGGAAGAAAUUGCCAAACUUUACAAACAACUGGAUGACAAGGAUGAAGAAAUUAAUCAGCAGAGUCAACUAGUAGAAAAACUGAAGACACAAAUGUUGGAUCAGGAAGAGCUUCUGGCAUCAACCAGACGGGACCAAGACAACCUGCAAGCAGAGUUGAAUCGCCUUCAGGCUGAAAAUGAUGCUUCUAAAGAGGAAGUGAAGGAGGUGCUACAAGCCCUUGAAGAAUUAGCUGUCAACUAUGAUCAGAAGUCUCAGGAAGUAGAAGAUAAGGCAAAGGAAUAUGAACUGCUUAGUGAUGAACUCAAUCAAAAAUCGGUCACUUUAGCCAGUAUAGAUGCAGAGCUUCAGAAACUUAAAGAAAUGACCAACCAUCAGAAGAAACGAGCAACAGAAAUGAUGGCUUCCUUACUAAAGGAUCUUGCAGAGAUUGGAAUUGCAGUAGGAAAUAAUGAUGUCAAGCAGCCUGAGGGAACUGGCAUGAUAGAUGAGGAAUUCACAGUUGCAAGGCUGUACAUUAGCAAAAUGAAAUCAGAAGUGAAAACAAUGGUGAAGCGUUGCAAACAGUUAGAAGGCACACAAGCUGAAAGCAAUAAGAAAAUGGAAGAAAAUGAAAAGGAGUUGGCUGCCUGCCAGCUCCGGAUCUCACAGCAUGAAGCCAAGAUCAAGUCACUGACUGAAUAUCUUCAGAAUGUGGAACAGAAAAAGAGGCAGCUGGAAGAAUCUGUGGAUUCCCUUAAUGAAGAAUUAGUUCAGCUCCGAGCACAGGAAAAGGUCCAUGAAAUGGAGAAAGAGCACUUAAAUAAGGUUCAAACUGCAAAUGAAGUCAAGCAAGCUGUGGAGCAGCAAAUUCAGAGCCAUCGUGAGACACAUCAGAAACAAAUCAGUAGCUUGAGGGAUGAAGUUGAUGCAAAGGAGAAGCUCAUCACUGAGCUUCAAGACCAAAACCAGAAGAUGAUGCUGGAACAGGAACGUCUGAGAGUUGAGCAUGAGAAGCUGAAAGCGACUGAUCAGGAGAAGAGCAGAAAACUUCAUGAGCUUACGGUUAUGCAGGACAGACGGGAACAAGCAAGGCAAGAUUUAAAGGGUUUGGAAGAGACUGUGGCAAAAGAACUUCAGACUCUUCACAAUCUUCGGAAGCUGUUUGUUCAAGAUCUGGCUACUAGAGUGAAAAAGAGUGCUGAGAUUGACUCAGAUGAUACAGGAGGCAGUGCUGCACAGAAACAGAAGAUUUCCUUCCUGGAGAAUAAUCUUGAACAGCUUACAAAGGUUCACAAGCAGCUGGUACGGGAUAAUGCUGAUCUGCGCUGCGAACUUCCUAAACUGGAGAAGCGCCUCAGAGCCACGGCUGAAAGGGUGAAAGCUUUGGAGUCUGCCCUGAAGGAGGCCAAAGAGAACGCUUCUCGCGACCGCAAGCGCUACCAGCAGGAGGUAGAUCGUAUAAAGGAAGCUGUGAGAUCCAAGAAUAUGGCCAGAAGGGGACAUUCAGCACAAAUUGCUAAGCCUAUCCGCCCUGGCCAGCAUCCAGCAGCUUCUCCAACUCAUCCAAGUGCAAUUCGCGGCGGAGGUGCGUUCACUCAGAACAGCCAGCCAGUUGUGCUGCGCGGAGGCGGGCGGCAGGACAAAGUUUGCUGAAAAGUAAAUGCAGCAUGAGGAGGAUUGGAUAUUGUGUAGAGGGAGUCAUUCCAUGACAAUAAUCUCUCCUUUUGGGGACUGUAGGAUUAUUUUUUGAAAAUUGUAUAAAUUAUACCUGGCCUGUACAGCUCUUCCCCCUUCUACAAAUUCUGCUAACUGAUUCCCAAAAAAAACCAACUAGAGUGCAAUUUUGGCGUCUUGAAAAAUGACAUGUUACUUAAAGUGUAGCUCUGCUUAUUACACAGUUUGUCUUUCAUGUCUUAAAUUUAGUCUGCACUGUGCCAAGCUGAAUGUAUGUUGAGAAAAAUCUUAGUUCCAAUUUUCUAGCUUAAUUUGUGUACAUCUUAUUGUCUUAGGGAAUGUGCAACAGUGUUUAAGUAUACUUCCAUUUUUAUCACUUGACAUAACACUACAUGUCCCACCGAAUUAGGGCGGCGCUCUGCAUUACAGUGUUCCUUUGGAAUGCUGCAUUGGAGCUGGCUGUGUUUGGACAGUGUGAGCAUCCUGGAGUGCUGACACUGAAGGGUUGGGUGAGCACAGGGCUCUGUAACUGUUACCUCACCCAGUGCCCGGCCACAGGGUGACUUAGAGUUAAAUACUGUACACAAAUAAGGGCAAACCUGAGUUUACAACAAAGAACUUUGGCAAUGGAUUGUCCCAUCUGUCCUGUUCCUGGUUCUGCACACAGUAUGGUCUGGUGGAGUGAAAACAUUCUGCUUCAUUCUGAUGAGCCUGUCUGUCCAUUUGUCUGUAUCUGUGACAGUUCACUUUCACUAUUUUGUAAUAGUGAAAUGAGGGCAAUCUAAACUGUAACUUUAUAUUCCACUACAUACAGUACUGGAAUUUUUGACUAAAAUUUUAAUUUUCAAUUUAAAAAUACUUUUUCAGCAACAGGCCAAUGAAUUCAGAUACAUGAAUAAAGGACACAACUUUUUAAAACUGAUGUAUCCAGAAAUGCCAGAGGCAUGUGUUUAAAAUAACAAUAAAAUAAAGUGCUACCCUGAAUUGUAUUUGUAAUUCAUUUGUAAGUAGGUAUAUGAAAUGUCCAAAGUAGUAGUUGUUGAAUAUUUUUCUUCUCUUUGCAAUAAAGUCCUGUAAAGUGGCUAACAAAACAAAACGUGGGGUUUUGAUUUUUCUGUUUUGUUUUGUUUGUUUGUUUUGAGCUCUGGUAGUCUCACUGAGCUGAAUCCAGGGUUUAAAGUUUUAUAGUAUAAUUUACUUAACUUAUUCAUAGGGUUUAGCCACUAUAAUUUUUAGGACAGCCUUCUUCUGUAUAGAAGCUAGUUAGUUACCAGGUCUUUAAGAAAGAAGAAACUUAGUGUUGCUGGAAGAAUUCAAUGAGUUUUUCAGACCUGGUUGAUAAAACUUUUUGUUCUGGCUUGAGUUUUUUGCUGGGUAUUCAUUUAUUGUGGAAACAGUAGAAACUCUGUGACUGUUCAGACAGCAAAUCACUUUCAAUUUUUAUAUUAUAAAAUAGGCAAACUAUUUAUAUUAUGGUGGAGUAUAGUCAAAUUUUAGACCUUGAACCACUUUUUUUCUAUAUCUACAGUAGUCUGAAUUUUUAGUAGUUUGAUUUUUAAAGGUUGAGUGUAUCAGUUGGAAAUCCCACUAUUUUGGAGUUCUCAGCUUUUAAGACAGUUUUCUUCACUAAGGCCGCCGAACACUCCAAACUUGCAGUUGUUUUAGAGCACAGUUGAAGGCAGCAUAAUGAGGGAAAAAAAAUAAAGAAACAACAACAUAUUUUGAAUUAAAUUUCUCAUCAUGGAAUCAGCACUGUCCAUCAUCUUUCUCAAUGUUAACUACAGGUUUUCAGGCCUUCAUUUGUCAAUGUGCAAUCAUAAAAACAACACACUCAAAUGAAGCAGGAUUUUUUCUCAUGCCUGUGAAUGAGGGUUUCAUUCCUGUAGGUAAUUGUCAUGGGUUUUGGUGCUGAAAAUUGCUGUGUUUAAAAAAUUAGAUUAAAUAGAAACUAGUGUGUAGCUCAGUGUACAUCACCUUUUUAUAUUUAAACUUUUUUUUUAUUUUAAACCUUUUAUGAAGUUUACCAAGAACUGCCUCUUAAAAUGUAAAAAAUGAAAAAAAACCACACAACUUUCUGUGCUUUCUGGUUUGGCUGUCAUAGGUCAGCCAGACAGGACAAUUACUGUAAUUUGUAAAUGAAAGUAUUCAGUCUAUACAGGGAAUGUUCAACACUGCUAUUUCGACUUGCAGUUUUUGAGUGGUUCUUAUUUUUAUGUUCCUCUAGAUCAUAUUUUUAAAAGAUGGUUUAGGAUAGGAACUUGGUGAAAUAAUAUUUAUUUCUGGUGAACAACUAAAUUAUUUACAUAACUUAAAUGCUGACUCACUACUGUGUGUAACUCUAAAUUUGACAUGAGGACAAGUCUACCUGUGGAAUCUGAUUUAACUUCAGUACACUUAAGAUGCAUUAAAACAAUUGGUUUGGGGAAGACGCCAUAUAGUUUUAACUUACCUGCAUGCUGUAAAUGUAUUUGUGUUUAAAUAAAGAGGAGAAAAAUCUUUGAA